AAAAUAACUGGAAAAAUCUCUUUUACAUAGUCUAUGCUAGAAACAUGUUCAAUGCUGUUUAUUCAUGUGAUUAUUGUCUAAUAAAUUACGUGAUAGGUUAUUAAGUUAAUUCAUUAUCAUUGGUGUGGAUUUGUUCGUUGAUUUGUAAUCAUGCAUGAAAUUCGUUUAUAAAUUUGAAAAAAAAAUGUUUACACAUUGUCAUUGGACUCCAAUUGCAAUGCCAGAGAUGUAUGCAGUAAUGUUUGGUGAACAUGCGGGUCUUAUACAUGCUUGCUCUGAUACGCUGAGACAGUAUUGUGAAAGCCUUUGGUAUUCAGGAUUAGAAUACAAACGUCCAACUCAUGAGGAAAUUUUAGCCAAAUGUGGAAUACUCUUCUAUGGACAACCAUUACCAGCAAAUAUUCUUUAUGCAUUUUAUUAUCAAUUGGAAAAUUUAUUUGCUAUGAGUAAAGUCAUUCAUUCCAUUCGUACAGUUAUGGAUUGGUUAGAUGCAACGGAAAAUCACGCCUCAAGAAUAUUAUCAAUAUAUGAGAUGAAUUCACAAUUAAAUCAUUUUGAAGAAACAUUAGCAGAUCAUUUAAAAGCACUUAAAUUAUGUGAUCGUUUAUUGGAUAAUUUGGGUUCAAUUUAUCAUCGUGUACGUCCUCUUGCUAAAGGACAAACUAUUCUAGCUAGAGCAUUGACAGAUUUCGAAUCAAAACAGAUGAAAUGCAAGGUACAUGUGAAUCACUUUUAUAAGAUUACAUCCAAUCGAAAUCCUCAUGCAUGGCAGAUUAGUAAUCCUGGGCAUGCUAUCCCGUCACUGUUCCUCGAUGUUUCUACUGAAUUCGGCGAAAAACUAAUCCUUAAACGACUUCAAAAACGAUUUGAAGAAUUCCUAAUCAUGUGUCAUGGCCGUGCUCGUCGUCAACUAUUCUCACGUAUUACAAAAUUGUUGCAUAAUUCUAAACGUUAUUCAACACUUCCUGCAAUGUUUAAACCAAGCGAUUCUCCUGUUUCUUCAAGCGCUCUAUGUGGUUUAUACUUUCCGCGUUCACCAGAUCCGGCUAAACGAUGGCGUCCUUCAAAUAAUGCCAAAAAAUUUUCUCGUCAACCAGCCUAUUUAGAUUAUGAAAGUCCUCAAGAAGCAUUACUACCUCAUACAAUCAGAAUAUUAUUGACUCGAUUAAGAAACUGGUUGCAUCAAUUGCCUCCUCCCGGUAUGAUUAUAGAUAGUUCAAAGUUAUCAACAUCGAAUUCAAAUAAAUGUCGGCAGAAUAACCUUAAUUUGGUCGAAGGAAGUAAUGUAGUCAAUGAACUACGUAAAUGGUGGAAAUUCACUUAUAAGACAGCUGAGAAUCGUGAUCAAUUAGAAAAAAUAGUUGCAGAUGCUAUUUUCAUCAAAAAACUGAAUGAUAUUAUGCAAACAAAAAUCACUACUGAAUUGGAAAAGCACAGAAAGCAAUAUGAAUCAAAUAAACAUUUGACUAAUUCAAGCACAUUUGAAAGUCACCCAAAACUUACCAAGGUCCUUGUGGAUGAAUUACUCUCAAGGAUAGGAGCUCAAUUUUAUCAUCCACGAUCUGGACAAUUUAGCUAUAGAAGUACACUACGAGUUAUGGAUGGUGUUGAUUUGACAUUGCCUUAUUCAUUGCCUGGAGUACAAAUAUUUGAUCGACUAAUUAAAGAUGAAUCACUUAUUGUUUAUCAUGCUCACAAAAGUACUAAUUCUUUAUCACAAGGUGACAUUGCUUCAACUAAUCGUGAUAACACUUUUUCUUCGAAUUUUGAUACAUUUAACUCUCAAGGUCAUUGCAACUAAUCAAAGCGACGUAUCACGCUUAACUAACAAUAUUUUACUGAACUGGUCAAUUUAUAUUCCAAAAAACACUUGAAUUUAUAGAUAAUUCUUCUUGGUAAUCCUUGUUUAUAAAUAAUUUGAAAUUAUAUUAUAUGAGAAGGCAGACAAUAUAAACAAACCUGUCCAAUGAUAUAUUUUGAAUUUUUCAUUGGUACAACUAUUUCUGUGAAUGAUGCAAUCGGUGAUGUACUCAAUGCUAAUGGAUU